AUGUCCUUCUCCAAAGCUAUUGCCAUCAUGGCCCUCGGUGUUGUACAGGCAGCGGCUCAAACCCCAACCGAAACCGAAACCGAAACACCAGCUACCCUCUCUGAUUAUCCCUCCUUGACAGUGCCACCAUGCUGGGAGUUUAGGAACUCGCUUCCUAUAACAGGUGCACCAGCACCACCAAUGGACAUGUCUGAACUCGGCGUGUCGUUUGCUCUCGGAAGUCUCUACAACACAGCAGACCCGUGUAAGCUGCCCGCCAUCACGGGGUCAUCCGCCGAGGAAUUCUCUGAAUGGGCUUCAGAAUGGGCAAGUUGGCAGGCUCAGCACAUUUCUGAGUUUCGAGUUCUUUGGGAGAAAUGUAGUGACGAGCCUUUUAUCACGGAUCUUGUACCCGUUGGGCCUGACGCAUGCAGUACUCUCAAGGCUAAGAUCACGGGAGCUUGGACUACAGGUGACGAUGAUGAUGAGUUGGCGACAAAGACGGUUGAGAUCCAGCCUGAAAAGACAGAAGAUGGCGAGCCCGAGGAUGUCCAGGUUUCCUCAGCAUCGCGUGCAGAGGGUUCCCUUCUUGCAUUUCUCCUUGCCGCGUAUGUAUUCGGCGUCGGGGCAUAA